AUGUCCUGCCCGUUUCUCGCGGCGGCUGCAGCUUCUGGCGAGGCUAACGACGCGAGUCGCCCCGCCGGAGGCUGUCCUUUCGCGAAGCGUUUCGGUCUCCUUGGCUCAUCUCCAAGCGACCCAGCGACGCAGCGAGAUUUGCCUGUUGCAGCAGCGGCAGCAGCAGACGGCACAGGCGAAAAACACGAAUCCGGACCACGAAAUUCUGUUCCAGACGUGGUUGAAGGACGAGCGGACCGCAGCGGUGCUGAGGAUGGGGGGAAGGCGGCCGGGGAAACCGGGGGGGAGAGCGGGCGGAAGGCUGCCGCGGGGCGGUGUCCGUACGGGUUCGACUCCGCAGCGGAUGGGCGCAUGGCGGCGGCUGUGGGGCCGAUGAGUUGCGUGCUUUGCAAGGCGUUGCUGUUCGACCCCGCCCGCUGCGACCCGUGCAAACACGUGUACUGCAGGGGGUGCAUAGCGCGGUUCACAGACUGUCCGCUGUGCGGGUGCGACGUGAAGGCUCUUCUUCCUGAUGCAACGCUCACACAUGCCGUGGACGCGUUCAUCUCCGCGCACGUGCUGCACCGCCCUGCCCUGCUCCCCCCGUCACUGGCCGCACCACGCUCUGAGCCGCCUCCCAACGCGCUAGAUGCUGCUGCUUCUGCUGCGGAUUUGUCCGGCAAAGAUGCUUCAGCAGCAGCAGCAGCAGCAGCAGCAGCAGCAGCAGCAGCAGCAGCAGCCACAGCAGCAGCAGAGCGGGAGGCAGAGGCAGCGAGAGUGGAGACAGAGGCACUGGAUCUAGACAAGGCCAGCCCGGGCAGCUUCCUCUUCAUCCACGCCAUGCGGGCCAUGCAGCACGGUAACCUGCCCAGUGCGCGAGCUCGCUUCGCCCUCUCCGCCUUCUCGCUCAAGUCUCUGCUCAUGUCUGACGUGGCAUCGGCGGCCAGCAGCUACCAGGAGGCUGUCGAUGUGCUCUCUGCUGCGCUGCCUGCGCUGGGCAAAGGCGAGACUGAGGGCGAGGGCGAGCGAGCAGUGGAGGAGGGGCAGCAGCAGGGCCUGGAGAUGCAUGGUGGUGGGGACUCUGACAGUGGUGCUGUUGAUGACGAGCUGCACCAUGCGCUCUGUGUGACCCUCAACAAGUUGGGAGACCUGCACUACCGCUCCGACCACCUGCCUGAAGCUCUUGCUCUCUACCAGAGGGCUCUUGCGCGCAGGCAGCAUGCACUGGCACGCACUGAGGCAUGCGCCCAGGCAUGCGAGGGGGAGGGUGCAGUGAGGGAGACGGCCAGCAAGGCAUUAGACGUGGCAGUGUCAACAGCCAAGGUGGCGGACGUGCAGCAGGCGCUGGGGGAGGAGGAGAGUGCGAGGGAGGGCUUCUCACGCGCACUGCGCCUCGUGCAGGCCGCCAAAGAGACCCUCAGUGCCGCUGCUGCCGGACAGGGGGACUGCUUGGCCCUGCUGGAUAAGGUCAGGAAUGGCGAGGCGAGAGGUAUGGGGUGUGGGUUGUGGCUGGAUUGUGUUUAA